UUGAACUAUUAAUCACCCACCACAAAUGAGAUACGCAUCCGCUAACAUAAGAUCCUUUAGUGGGGACAAAAAAAAAAGCACUAUAUUUCCUUCAUGAAGGAUACAAGGGUAAUUUCAUUUGGCGUGAGAAAAACCCUUCCUCAACCCUUACCCGCGAAUGAUGAUGGAGAAGUGCAAAAGCACAGAGAGGUGAAAAUGUUGAGAAGCUUCUCUCCCAGAAAGUUCCUAACCUCACUCUCUUGCAAGAGGCUGUACACGAGCGAAGGAGAGGCCGCACGUGCGAUCCUUCCGAAGCUUCUGGUGGUUCAGCCGCGCGUGCGCCCGGAGAAGCUGUUGCAGGCGAAGCUGAACGAAGCUCUGUGCCUCGCGAACUCCCUCGAAGACCAGCGCGAUGGCUACUUCCACACCGAUUUCUUCGACAAACCGUUGCCACCUCACGUCCUCGUCCAGAACCGCCUCCCACGCGCCGACACCUAUUUUGGCCGUGGAACCGUCGACAACAUCAAGGUUCACAUCGACGCCGCCGCCGAAUCUAAGGGUGACGUGGAUGCGGUUUUUGUUAAUGCUAUACUCUCUGGAAUUCAGCAACGGAACCUUGAGAUGGCUUGGGGGAAACCUGUGUUGGACCGUGUGGGACUUAUAAUUGAGAUUUUCAAUGCUCAUGCCUUUACCAAGGAAGCCAAACUCCAGGCGGAACUCGCAGCUCUGUCCUACAAGAAGACCAGACUUGUUCGCAUUCGUGGCCCUGAUGGUCGCAAUACAUUUGGGGCUUCUGGAGAAGCUGAAGUUGUUAGCGCCCGAGGGAGAGGAAGUGGGGGACAAGGUUUUAUGAGUGGUGCUGGAGAAACUGAACUUCAGCUUCAGCGACGAAGAAUCCUAGAGAGGAGAAAUUAUCUAUUAUCUCAAAUUGAAGAGGUCCGCCGCACCCGGGCUUUGCAGCGUGCUGGUCGUAAGAGACGUGGAGGUUCAUCUGGAGAAGGAUUAGCCACUGUUGCUGUUGUUGGGUAUACAAAUGCUGGGAAAUCUACAUUAGUAAGUAGGCUAUCGGACAGUGAUCUGUAUAGCGAUUGUCGACUGUUUGCAACAGUUGAUCCUAGAGUAAGAAGUGCUGUUCUUCCUUCAGGGAAGAAAGUGCUUUUCAGCGACACUGUGGGAUUCAUAUCUGACUUGCCUGUACAGCUGGUGGAAGCAUUUCAAGCUACCCUGGAAGAAGUGGUGGAAGCAGACCUGCUUGUGCAUGUGGUGGAUUCAAGUGCUCCCAAUCUUGAUGAGCAUCGCUCAACAGUGUUUCAAGUUCUUCAACAAAUAGGGGUGUCAGAAGAGAAGCUUCAGAAUAUGAUUGAAGUUUGGAAUAAGAUUGAUAUGGAAGAAGAAUGCAUGGAUGUUGAUGAAUAUCUUGAUGAUGAAGACAAAGAUGGAGAUGCUGAUGAAAAUAGCAGCUUCAGUGGAGAAGAUGAUGUGAAAUCUGAGGUAUUACCAGAAAGAGAGAAAGAUCGUGCUGGGAGUAUUUCUGGUGCAGAAAAUGAAGGCAUCAAGGAGGUUGACUGUGAGGGCAUGGAAGAAAAAGAAGACUAUUCCGAUGGUUGGCUAUAUGAUGAUGAUUUGGUUGAUGAAGAUGAAUUUUGUUCACCUUCAACGGUGGCCGACCAACAAAAUGAGUCCUAUAAAAAGGACAACAGUGUCGUGAAAGAUGGCUCGAUAGGACAAUCUGGUCCUCAUGUGAAGACAUCUGCUGUCACAGGAGUUGGGUUGCAAGAGCUGCUGGAAUUGAUAGAUAAGAAACUUAGUGUUCAGAAUAAGAAGGGUGCACGAGUGGUUGAAAGAAGUAUCUAUGACCGAAAAUGGAGGCCCUCCCACAAUCAGGAGUCUGGCAUAGCAGUUGAACAGUAGAUAGGAAACAGUUUCUUUCCAUGCUUUCUUGCCAUGUGCAAGUUUGGUUGCCAUAGAAAAGUAACUGGCCCGGAGAAGUUUGUUGUUAAGCUUUUCCCACCACUUUGGUGGAGUCAUUAUGUGCUAAUGGGACAAAACAUGGCCUCUACAAUCCAGAAGAUGAAGUGUUUAAAAGCUGCUCGUGUUAAUGUGGCUUUCUUCUGUCUGAACUCUGAACCUGCAAGUUAUGAGCUUGCAAUGGAGCAUAGUUUUAGACUUUUAGUUCUGAAAAAAUUGAAUAAGUUUAACGUGUUUUCCUUCAUAGCGAGUCACAUAGGUUGUAUGCUUCCUGCCAAAAAAAUGGGUCCAUCCGUGGACAAUUGAAGUAAUAAUUGCAUAAUAGUGAUAUAUAAAGUAACACCAUACAGAGAUUCAUUAUUUUUUUUCAGAAUAGUAGAUUUAUUUUGUGCAAGGUUAAUUAUAUUGUGGCAAUUUGUAUACACAAUACAAUCACCAAUCUAAAUAUCACCAUAUUUCACCGUUUAA